CCCGAGACUUCGCACCUUGUGAAUAAACUUGCUCUGUUCUUUAUCGGAAUGAUUCAGAGAUUUGACUUCUUCUCUUCAUCAGAAAUGGCAGCGUGCCUCUGUAGUUGUGUGUUUGUUAAAGCUGUGUUUUCCGCAUGGUAAAUUUUAUUUGAGGGUGUUUUCUGCUGAAGGAGGACUAACCUGAUCUUCCCUCAUUGCAUCCUGCAGAUGUGCAGCUCUACGCACACACGCGCGCGCGCGCACACACACUCACAACCCGCACAAUCUCUCUAUUUCUCUCUCUCACACACACACAGACGCGCGCGCGCGCACACACACAAGCGCUCGCUCGGUGGCAAGGUGCAUUCCUCCUAAUGCAAAUUCGACGCAUUUAAUUGCCCGAUUUAAGGAGUCUGAGGGAUCCGAUACUGCGCAAACUCAUCCGACGGCAUUCAGCCUGAAUUUUGCCUUGAUAUUCAGCAAGAAUCUGGCUUCGAGUGGAUGUGUGCCGCGUUCACUGAAACGAUGCUGUCGAGAGGAGGAUGACACGGACUGCUGAAAUAAUGUGUGGAUAAGUGAAAUUCUCCAUCCGGUCAUGCCAAGAAGGAGUGAAGAAACUUUCAGCUAAAUGAUCGGUUCCUGUUCCCAUUCAGGACUAAAGAAACAGUCAGACAGUCACUUCUGAGAAUUUAUUUCUGCACCAAGUUGUGAUUAAUCUCCUGGUCGCGAUGAGCAAUACUCUGUCACCAUGAAGCUUCUGCGAUUGGUUAUUUUGUGCGGAUUUCUGUACACUCAAAUCGAUGGAUCUCGUCUCCGUCAGGAGGACUAUCCCCCACGGAUUGUGGAGCACCCGUCAGACCUGAUCGUGUCGAAGGGUGAGCCGGCCACGCUGAACUGUAAGGCCGAGGGCCGUCCUGCACCCACUGUUGAGUGGUAUAAAGACGGUGAGCGCGUGGAGACGGACAGGGACAACCCGCGCUCGCACCGUAUGCUCCUUCCCAGCGGCUCGCUCUUCUUCCUGCGCAUCGUGCACGGCCGCCGCAGCAAACCCGACGACGGCAGCUACGUCUGUGUGGCCAAGAACUACCUGGGGGAAGCGGUCAGCCACAACGCUUCACUGGAAGUAGCAUUCCUGCGUGAUGAUUUUCGGCAGAACCCUCAGGAUGUGGUGAUAGCUGUAGGAGAAUCAGCUACGUUGGAGUGUCAGGCUCCCCGGGGCCACCCGGAGCCCACCACUUUCUGGAGGAAGGAUAAAGCUCGACUCGACUUGAAAGACGACAGGAUUACCAUUCGAGGAGGGAAGUUGACCAUCUCCAACACCCGAAAGAGUGAUGGAGGGAUGUACGUGUGUGUGGCAGCCAACAUGGUGGGGGAGAGAGAGAGCGAGAUGGCUCAACUCUCUGUGUUUGAGCGGCCCACGUUUGUACGCAGACCCAUAAACCAGGUGGCGCUAGUGGACGAGAGCGUAGAAUUCAGAUGCCAGGUGCAGGGAGAUCCCCCUCCGUCACUGCGCUGGAGGAAGGACGAGGCCGAGAUUCCCCGCACCAGGUACGAGAUGAAAUACGAAAAGGACGACUUUGUCUUGAGGAUUAAGAAAGUGUCUUCUGGGGACCAGGGAAGCUUCACGUGCGUCGCGGAAAACAGAGUGGGCAAAGUGGAAGCAUCGGCUACGCUCACCGUCAGGGAGGCACCCCAGUUUGUUGUGAGGCCUCGGGACCAGAUUGUGAUGCAAGGACGCACUGCUACCUUCCCAUGCGAGGCCAAGGGAAACCCGCAGCCUGCUGUGUUCUGGCAGAGAGAGGGGAGCAAGGACCUGCUUUUUCCAAAUCAACCUGCACAGGCAGGAAGUCGCUUUUCAGUGGCUCAGAAUGGAGAUCUGAACAUCGCUUCGGUCCAGCGAUCAGAUGCAGGCUACUACAUCUGCCAGGCUCUCACAGUGGCUGGCAGCAUCCUGGCGAAGGCCCAGCUGGAGGUGUCUGAUGCUCUUAAAGACCGCCCACCACCCAUUAUCCAGCACGGGCCAACAAAUCAGACAGUGGCAGUGGGCACCCUGGCGGUUCUGGGCUGUAGGGCGUCUGGAGAGCCUGAGCCUACGGUCACUUGGCUGAAGGACGGAGAGAGCCUGCUGGCUAAAGAACCUCGAAUGUCCCUGCUGGAGGCGGGCAGUCUGCAGAUCCAAAAUGUAAAGCUCUCGGACUCAGGUCUGUACACCUGCUUGGCCACCAGCUCAAGCGGGGAGACAUCAUGGAGCGCCUUCUUAGACGUCAGAGAAUCUGCCGAGCUCACAGACCCCGUAUCCCACAACGCCACUGCUCUCCCGGGGCCACCUUCCAAGCCGGAGGUUACCGAUGUCACCAAGAGCAGUGUGUCUCUGUCGUGGCGUCCUGGACCCGAUGACACUUCCCUCAUGUCUGCCUAUGUCAUAGAGGCCUUCGGCCAGCUGGUGAGUAACAGCUGGCAGACUGUAGCCGAUCACGUGAAGGACACGCAGUACACUGUCAGAGAGCUCCGACCAAACACCGUCUAUGUCUUCAUCAUCAGAGCGGUGAACGCGCAGGGGGUGGGAGACCCGAGUGCCAUGUCCGAGCCUGUCCGCACCCAGGAUAUCAGUCCAGCUGUGCAGGGUGUUGAUCACCGUCAAGUGCAGAAAGAGCUGGGUGAUGUCAUCGUCACCAUGCACAACCCCAUAGUGCUCAGCUCCACCUCUGUGAGGGUGACGUGGGCGGUUGAGAAACCUUCCCAGUUCAUCCAAGGGUACCGUGUUCUGUACAGGCAAACCUCAGGCCUACCCUCUCCAGGAGCCUGGCAGAUCCAGGACCUAAAGUCUUCGUCAGAGCGUGACGUCACUUUACAUGAACUCAAAAAGGGUGUGGUCUAUGAGAUAAAGGUUCGCCCUUUCUUCAACGAGUUCCAGGGAGCGGAUAGUGAAUCCAUCACUGCACGCACUUUGGAAGAAGCCCCCAGUGCUCCUCCACAGCAGGUGACGGUGACAAUGGUAGGCAGUGAGAACAGCACGUCUAUCAGCAUUUCCUGGGAUCCGCCACCCACCGAACACCAGAACGGCAUCAUCCAGGAAUACAAGAUCUGGUGCCUGGGAAACGAAAGCCGCUUCCACGUGAACAAGACUGUGGAUGCCGCCAUUCGCUCGGUGGUGGUUGGGGGUCUUCAGGCGGGCGUGCAAUACAGAGUGGAGGUGGCAGCAGGCACCAGCGCAGGCGUCGGGGUGAAAAGUGAACCACAGCCUAUUGUGAUCGGUGCUGAGCUGCAGGAUGUGAUGACCGGGGACGACGGCAGCGGCAGCAUCACAGAUGUCUUGAAGCAGCCGGCCUUCAUCGCAGGCCUGGGGGGCGCCUGCUGGAUUGUGCUCAUGGGCUUCAGCGCUUGGCUCUACUGGAGGAGGAAGAAGAGGAAAGGCCUGAGCAACUACGCAGUCCAGUCGUUCACCUUCACCCGUGCAGGUACUGGUCAUUUGUCCCAUCCCUUUCUAACUUCCGACGGGUUUGAUGGCACCGUAGGCAGCCCUGCAGUGACGUUCCAACAUGGAGACAGAGGCCUGAUGGGAAGUGGAAGUCGUCCUGGUCUGCUGAAAGCUGGUGACCCUGGUCUCCCUUGGCUAGCUGACUCCUGGCCGUCCACCAGCCUGCCUGCCAACAGUGGUUUAGGCGCUCCCAAAGACCUCACUAACUUUGGUCGUGGAGACGUGCUGCCUGCUGGUGCCGGCGAAAAGACAGGCACCAUGCUGUCGGAUGGUGCCAUCUACAGCAGCAUCGACUUCGCUGGCAAGGCGGGCUACAGUAGCCCAGGCAGGGGAAACCACGCCAGCCCCUAUGCCACCACACAGAUCCUGCAGUCCAACAGCUUCCACGAGCUGGCAGUGGAUCGUCCUGAGCCGCGCUGGAAGGCCUCGCUGCGAGCACAGCAUGAAAUGCCAAGCCUGGGCUACUCACUCACGGAAAACCGUUCCUGUGCCAACGGGGGAAAGAACGGGAAAAAGAAGAAAUCGAAAGGAGGGGGUAAAACAGCAAAGCCUAAUGGCUCCUGCUGGGCUAACCUGCCCCUUCCUCCACCACCCAUGAAUCCUCUUCCAGGGACAGAGAUGGACCACUAUGCCCCUGAGCAUCGAUCUGAAGGAGGGUAUGAGAGCGACACCUGGGCUCCGCCCCUCCCUGUUCAGUCAUACUUACACCAGGGCAUGGAGGAUGAGCUCGAGGAGGAAGAACGUGUUCCCACGCCACCCCUGAGGGGCGUGGCUUCAUCUCCAGCAGCUUUGCCCUAUGGUCAGAGUUCCUCUGGCUCACUGGGGUCCUCUCAUCAUGAGGAAAUGCAGUCUAUGCUCCAGGCUCACCUGGACGAGCUUACCCGCGCCUACCAGUAUGAGGUGGCCAAGCAAAGCUGGCAUUUGAAAAGCAGCUCCAAUCCACCCAAGACCCCUGCCCCUCCCAUGGGCUACGUGUCCAGUACAUUAGGAUCAGACAUCUUGACUGAAGGAGAGGAUGAAGAGGGAGACAGUAAAGGCUACGAGUUGUCCCGACAGCUGUGUGGAAUAGACUAUUCCCCAGGACGCAGCCUGGAAACCGUGGAGGGAGCGAUCACAGGACAUCCUUACUCUCACCGAACCCAGGCAAGCAGCGCCAGCUCCAUUGACGGAGGACUUGUAGCGACUCAGAGCCUGGGCCAUCAACGGGUAUCACAGCCUUCGCAAAAACUACGAGUAGAGACACCAGGGACUGAACCUCACAGGAGAGAUGACAUUGCUGAUGUGCGAACUCCCUCCUCAGAGCCGCUGCACAGCGUCGGUGCGAGGCUACACACUUCCUGGGGUUCUGUGGGCUCUGAUGCUCCCGACGAGUGUGUGGUGUCUACGCUGGAGCGGCAGCACGCAGCCAACUGGAGCUCCAGAGGCACGCUGGGAUGCAUCUCACAGCGACGGUCCAGCACAGAUCAGAGGGACUCUGCUGGACGAGCAUCAGGCAGCACCGACGCCAGCUACGGACAUCUAUAGUGCCGUGUCUGAGAGAUAAGCCAGACUACUCACUGCCCACGCGACUGAAAGCGAGGACGAGAGAGAGCAAGAGAGAUUCAUUGUUCACCCCUGCAACGUCCAAUGAGCUUCUCCCCCCGGUGUUACCACGAGGCGAUUUUUUUUUUACCUCAGAGACCAACACUGAACUGUGAAGCUAAUGUACAGACACACACAGUCUCCCGAUGGUGUCCAGCUUGCGGUUUGCUUCUUUGUCUAACACUUACGACGAAACGUCUCAUGUCCCGUGCCACAAAAAUGUGCAUCACUUGGAAAAAAAGAAAGAAAAAAAAAAGAAAGAUGUUUUUGCUUUGCUCGUUUUUUUGAAAUCCGAAAUGUAAAUCACACUAAAAGGGAUGUGUAAUUCUUGUAAAUAGCUUUUUUGUUUUGUUUUGUUUUUAUUUGAUGUUGCUUUGCUAUGCAAACCAAAUUUAUUUUUUAUUAUUAUUAUUUUAUUUUUUUUUCUCUUUAUAACAUUGUGAAUGGAUAAAACGUGGUGUCAUGGAUUUUUGUUUUUCUCCUCUCCAUAAACGAAUCGACUGAUUCUUGUUUGAGAAUUGUUUGAUUUUGCACAUUCUUUGGUGAUAAGCACAAAAAUCUUCAGCGCCUGCUGACGUGGAGAGAGAAAGAUAAAGCUACGGAUGUGCUAGCGUGUAUAUUUGUACGAGUCUGCGCAGCGGGCUAAAAACAGAGAUUUAGGACGGAAGAGUCCGCAGAUAGAGAUGUAUUAUUACUGAAUUGUUGCGAGGGGGAUUUAUGCUCGAAUCACAGUCAAGCAUACAGGACUAAUAAAUGCCAGCCGAGCAGGCCUAAUGCAAUUGCCUGCCCCUUGUUAUUUGUGUCAGAUGUUGAGUGGACAGAAUGCUCUAUUGCAGUCUUUUGUGAAUGUUUUUUUUUUCUUUCCUUCUACAUAUCUCAACUAUUUACAGACACUCAUGCAUCCAGCUCACUGCAAGAUGUUUUUAUAUCUAUAUCUAUAUCUAUAUCCAUAUAUAUUACCAACGGACAAUAUGUGACUUUUCUUUGUUUCUUAGGAUUGAAACCGUAACUAUCCGGAUCCUAAAAAAUGAUAAUGUCACACAGGAUCAUCCUCCAUGUGAGUGAGAGCGUAAUGAAGGUAGCAGUUGACAGCUGCUCGUGCUCGACCCUGAGCGGGUGUGUUUAACCUGCGCAAAUGGAAGUGGGGUAAAACAGGUGGGCUGAAAUGUUGAUGAGGGGAAAAAUACGAAACAGAAAGGGAACGUUGCCCUUGAAAUCGCUCCCCUCGUUUUUUUUUUUUGUUUUUUUUUUUUGGCAGCAUUCCCAGGUCUGUCCUACAAUUAGCAUGGUUAUUUAAUAUUAUGCUGUUCAGAAAGCCAUUGUAAAAAAAAACCCGAAAUCAAUCGUUUGUCACAUAUGUUUAAGCUAGAGUGCUACUCUGUAAAUGAAACCGUUUUUGAGUAAACGUCGGUGGUUCAUAAAUGGAAAUGUAUGCUCAGCUUAUGAGCUUCCGGGACUGAGAAAAGCUCAGACGAUUCUCUCGUGUGUAUGGCAUUUCUCUGACAAUUCUUUAUUUAUUUUUUUUUCUUUAAAGCAUUUUAUUUAUCUGUUUAUUUAUUUAUUUAUUUAUUUCGUGAUGUGCAUUUACUCCACAUGUACAUAAUAUCUAACCUGCCAGAUUCGUUCUACCCUCAGGAAGCCACAUGCACUUGCAAAGUGUGACGAUUUCUGAAUCCAACAAUGAAAAUGAAAAUAAAAUCUGUAUGUGAAUGCUG